CGUCCUCAGCCACUGCGCGCGAAAACCCUGAAAAUGUCUCCCUUCCCGCCUUCCCCCCUUCGUUUAUCUACAACCUUCUUCCUCCAUUACUGUCCAAUCCUUCUGCGCCUCCAAUCCUUCCCUUUCUUCAAUUUCCUCCCUCAUGGAUCUCUCCAAGAUUGCCAGGAAGCUCGAUCUUUCCGACUCCGAAACCCUCACCCGGAAAGCUGGGGAAUUCCGUCGCCUCUCCGAUCUCCAGUUCAAUUCUUCCGCUAUUGGCGUUGGUGAGGUUUGCAAGGCCAUAAUCUGUUUGGAAAUUGCCGCUACGAGAUUAGGGAUUCUAUUUGAUAGAUCCAAUGCUAUCAAGUUAAGUGGGAUGUCGGAAAAGGCGUACACUAGAUCUUUCAAUUUGUUUCAGAAUGGUCUUGGUUUCAAAAGUAAGCUCGAUAUCAGAGAAUUAGCAGUGCAGUUUGGGUGUAUUAGGCUGGUUGCUUCAGUUCAAAAUGGCUUAUCUCUAUACAAGGAUCGGUUUGUUGCAUCACUGCCAGCUUCUCGACGUGCUAAUGCCGACUUCUCCCGAUCAGUAUUUACGGCUGCAGCUUUUUACUUGUGUGCAAAAAAACACAAGCUGAAGGUUGACAAAGUUAAGCUCAUUGAACUCAGUGGAACAUCUGAAUCUGAAUUUUCAUGUGUUGCUACUUCCAUGAAGGACUUGUGCUUUGACGUCUUUGGAAUUUCUAGUGAAAAGAAAGAUCCCAGGGAUGCCAAAGGGAACAGGGACAUGUUAGAUGCAUUGCCAGAAAAAAGGAAACGUGAGGAUGGCGGUUACUUAUCUGAUGAUAAUGAAGAGUUUUCAAGAACAAAACGACGCAAGCCAAUGGAUGAACAUGCUUAUAAUCAGUGGAAAUCCUCUGUCAUUGCUUCCAAUAAUCUGACCAAGACAAGAGUUCUUAGCAAGCGAACCAGGCAAACUUCCCUCAUGGAAAUUAAAGAAAAGAUGUCAAAGUAGGAGAUGAACAAAUCUUUGAGGUGCCAAAGUAUUUGAAUGAAGAUUGUCACAAAGGGAGGGAGAAGUGGAUGGUUGAACCACUCUAUUUCCUUGCAUCAAAUUGGGUUGCAUAAGUUGAGCAUUUGGGGUUGCAUCGGGAGGAUAACAUCCCUACCUUGGCCGCAUUUUUCUUACAAACCGUCGUGCCACAGAAAGGCCAGAAAUUUUGCCUGGACACAUUAGUGUCCCAAUGUAUUUAUGAAUGUAAUGUACAGACACGAGUCUCAAAGUUUUAGGGAACUGUUUAUCGAUGUACGUAAACAUUCCUCCACGUCUCAUGCUUCUGAAUAAUUACUGUAUGAAUUGUUAUUCAA